UUCUGUGUUUUGUUGAAACAGUGAAUUUCAAUAUGGUCCAAAACAUGGAAUAUGAUUUGUCUGGUAACAAUAAAAAUGGCUAUGUGAGAAAAAAAAGUGUUUAUGUGCUUGUUGUGGUUUUUCUUGUUUUGAUCAUUCUCGUUGGGUUACUCAGUGGAUUAUUAGCUGCAAAGAAAGCGAGGAAAGACACAGAAGCAAAAUAUGCAAAGGAAACUGGCGGUAUUGCACCAACAAAGAACAUGUAUACAACCCAGGUUGCACCUGAUACCACCUCAGUUGCAAGUACCACAUCUGGCAGUUGUACUGAUGUUUGGUGCUCCAUAAGGUUACCAAGUGAUGUCAUACCAUAUCACUACAAUCUCUUCAUCAAAGCUUAUGUUAAACAAUUAAAAUACGAGGGUAAACAGGAAGCAUUUUUUAAAGUAACAAAACCAACAAAUGUUGUUAUAGUGCAUAUAAAGCAAAUGACAGUUGACUCUGUUUCGGUGAAAUCAUUAGCAACAAACAGCAACGUAAAAGUGGCUCGAACAUUUCCUUUUCCUGAGAAUGAAUAUUAUGUUACUGUACUUGAAGAAAACAUGGCUGUUGGUGAUUACUCCAUAACACUGCAGUUUAAAUCUGAUGUUUCUACAUUACUUACUGGUUUUUAUAAAAGUUCGUAUAAGCAAGAUGGUACUGAAAGAGUGCUUUUAACAACAAAGUUUCAGCCAACUGAUGCACGCAAAGCCUUUCCAUGUUUUGAUGAACCAGAUUUAAAAGCUACAUUCAAUGUGACUAUGGACCACCCCUCAUCACAUAAAGCACGAUCCAAUAUGCCUGGUACAACAAGUCGAGUUGAUGCUGAGCGAAGUAUUACUACAUUUGAAAAAACUGUUAAAAUGUCCACCUAUCUAAUAUGUUUUAUUGUUUCACAGUUCGAAUUUAAAUAUGAAGGGACAAGUGGCAUUGGAAAUAAUGUGACAAUAGCAGUUUGGAGUCGACCAGAUUACAUUAACUCAACAGCAUAUGCGUAUAAUACUACAUAUGAAAUGCUGACAUUUUUUGAAGAAUUUCUACGCGUUCCAUAUCCAAUGCCUAAACUCGAUAAUUUUGCAAUACCUGAUUAUGGCUCUGGUGCAACCGAACAUUGGGGAAUCAUAACUUACCGUGAAACAAGAUUGUUGUAUAUACCAGGUGUAUCUUCACCGUCUAAUCAAAAAUCAACAGCAGGAAUUUUGGCACAUGAGUUAGCUCAUUUGUGGUUUGGUAAUCUUGUCACAUGUAAAUGGUGGAAUGACCUUUGGGUACAAGAGGGAAUGGCAAGCUAUUUAGAAUAUUAUGCAAUGAAUAAAUCACAUCCGGAAUGGAAUAUGAUAGACAGGUUUCUCUCAAGUGAUUGGAAGACUGGUAUUUCGCUGGACUCCCUUGCUUCGUCCCAUCCAAUUUCACAGCCUGUUAACCAUCCUAAGCAAAUAAAGGAAAUAUUUGAUUCAAUAACAUACAACAAGGGUUCUUCUUUGUUUCAAAUGCUGGAUCAUUUUUUGGGCGUAGAAAAAUUUCGUCAAGGUCUUAAUCUUUACCUGACACGACAUCAGUACACUGGUGCAACAGUUAAUGAUUUGUGGCAAGCUUUCUCCAAUGUAACCAACAAAGACAUCAAAAAGAUGAUGGACACAUGGACUCAUCAAAUGGGUUUUCCAGUCAUUCUCAUCAAUAAAACUGACGCUGCAACUUUUCAAAUUUCACAAAAGCAUUUCCUGAUUGACCCAAAUGCUGUUGUAAGUCGCCCAUCAAAGUUUAAAUAUCAGUGGAUCGUUCCAUUCACAUAUGCCACUAGUGACGUUCUGACUGAAAAGAAAGAAUAUCUUCUAGAAAACAAAACAGCUGAGAUCAAAUCGUCAGCAACUUUCAUGCUUGGUAAUUACCAUCACAGGGGUUUCUAUCGUGUCAAUUAUGACAAACGUGGCUGGCAAGCAAUCACUAAUGAACUCAAUAAAAACUUUUCAACAUUCUACCCAACUGAUCGCGCUGGGAUCAUUGACGAUGCAUUUGCUCUGGCGAGAUCUGGUGACAUCAGCUAUUCCACAGCAUUGAAUUUGCUCUCCUUCGUUGAGAAUGAUACGAACUCCAUCGUGUGGAGUAUGAUGCUGGAUAACCUUGAUUUUCUUGGAACAGUGUUAAGCUCGCAAAAGGCUUACAAGUAUUACAAGACAUUUCUGACUAAGAAGAUAGAACCCAUGUACAAGAAAUCAAAGUACAUGGGCACAGCAUGUUAUCUGGGAUUGGAGCAAGCUGUGACAGAUGUGAAAAAGUUGUUUCAAGCAUGGAUGGUGAACGAUACAGCAGUUCCUGCUGACGUACGUUCUACUGUUUACUCGUGUGCGGUUGCCCAUGGAGACGAAACUGAAUGGAAUUUUGUGUUCAAAAAAUUUAUGACUACAGACAAUCCAUCAGAACGAUCAAAACUUCAAAGUGCUUUGAGUCAAACCAGAAAUAUCUGGUUGUUACAGAAGUGGCUCAAGUACACGCUCAAUAGUAGCAUAGUGAGACCGCAAGAUACUGUGUAUGUUAUCAGAAAUGUGGCAGCCAACAAUCCUGUCGGCAAGUAUGUAGCAUGGACAUAUGCAAGUGAAAACUGGCAGGCUAUUAUGAGCAUAGCAAAAGAAAAUAAUUUUCAUGUUGCAGUUCUUACAGCUGGUUUAACGAGUCAGUUCACGACUCAAUUUGAUUUAGAUCAGGUGGAGGAGUUGUGGAGCAAAUACCCGGAUGCAGGAACUGGUAAACAAGCCCGUCAACAGGGAAUCGAGAAAAUCAAAUCCAAUAUUGAUUGGCUGAAAAAAAAUUAUAACGAUGUUGAAAAAUGGUUCAAAGAAAAUGCCAAAAAAAAAACUGCCACCUUGAAUUAUCGAUCAUUUGCUUUCGAAUUCGCAGCUAAUGGUUUGUGAAUGUAGUUUUUUAAAGAUUUUUUUUAAGAUUUUCUACAGAGUAAGAAAACGAACCCCGUUCCCAGGAUUUUUUCUUUUUUUUGCACAGUACUAACACGGCAAGAAAAACCUAAUAGCAUUCAGGUAAAGACAAGCGGCUCUAUGGCAACGAACUCUAGAGAUUAGGAUGUAAAAAAUUCCCCAUUAGACGACACGUGUUAACUUUAAGUUUUUAGUUGAAUCUUUUUUUAUCUAGAUUACUUUAUAUUUACGAUUUUUCAGAUGCUAGAGAUAUUUUUUGUAAACAUAUUAGACAAAGAUAUAUAUUUUUAUUGCUUGGCUUUUUUAAAUCCGAACCCUGGACAAAUUACGUAACACUGUGGUCAUGUUUUCUAGAAUAAAUUUUAUACUUUAGAGUUGAUUUUCAAAUAGUAUUAUAUGAAGUUGCUGUAACUUUAAAAUAAAAUUACCAAUGAUUGUUGACCAAUUUUUUUACGAGCAGAUUUUUUUUAUAAAAAUUAUAAAUUUUUAGAAUUUUUUCUUAUUUACCUUAUAGUGUAUACUAAUAAUAUUUUUUAAACAUUUUGCACAUUUUUAGAUUUCUAGAGAUAUUUUUGUAAGCGUAUUGAACAAUUUUUAAGA